AUGAAAAGAACCCUUUUUGAAGCCGAACCUCCAAAAAAAUCCAAUGAAUCCCCACAAAGCCUUUCAUCAUCGGAACAGCAAGACAUGCAAUCAAUGGCCACUAAAAAGAUGAAAUUCACAAAUAUUACUUUGAAUCAUGACGAAGAUGAUCAUCCAGUGAUGGUUACAAUGAUUGAUCAUGAAAUGAAUUUUCCAAAUGGUCAUUCCAUAUUUGAAUUACUCAAACAAAAGAUGAGAAGAAAACCAUUAUUACAACUCGAUAUUGUAAGCUCGGAUGAAGCCGUCCGUACAAUCGCAAGCAAGGAUGCAAGCCGAAAUAAUACCAUCUUAGCAUACUCGAAUAUUAAGGACAUGAAGGCUAUUCAUCUCCUUCAUUAUGAUCAUGAACAGGUGUUACUUGUUUCAGAUGUUGAGAACAAACGCUUUCUUGCGUUUAAUAGUUGUUUUGAAUUGAAACUUGAAAUUUCAACGAGACCCUAUGCGCCGGUUCGAUUUUGCAUUCAUAAUCUUGAUAUUCGUAAAGAAGACAAGACCAAUGCUGAAUCUUCUGAUUGCAAGCAAUUCAUCAUUUUCACUACAGAUGAAAAACAACAAAAACUUGUAAAAAUUCCACUGAGGGGACCAUGGCCUUGUGAUGUUCCGUCAUGGAUACAAAGCAUGAGUAGCAAAGCUGCAGAGCUAGCCAUAUCUCACCGGCUCAAUUGCCUGUUCGUUGCUUCUUCUGAUUAUGCAACCAUUAUCAUGCGUGAUAUCCACAAAGGGAUACAGUUUCGUAGUAUUGAUCUCUUAACCAUCAACCUUGAUCCCCCUUGA